AAAAGCAGAAAAGGAGACAUAUCAUAGGUUGCUUCAUGGAAAAUCACCCGUUGCUUUCACCAUGCUACUUGCUCUCUCUCUCUCUCUCUCUCUCUCUCUCUCUCUAUAUAUAUAUAUAUAUAUACCCUGAGAUGAUUAUACUUUGGCAUUGUGGGUUCUUUUUUUUUUCUUCCAUGAGAACAAAAAUGGGUUCUCCGGGGAAGAAUGGGGUGGAGGAACAGAAAACAGAAACGCAGGGGAAGAAAGAGAGGAGUCAUAAUAUUGGCAUAAUCUUCAGAUAUGCUGAUUGGGUUGAUAUUUUGCUUAUGGUGUUCGGUACUAUUGGUGCCAUUGGAGAUGGGAUGUCCACCAACUGCUUGUUGGUUUUCGCCAGCCGUCUCAUGAACAGCUUGGGGAAUGGUCGGACCCAACAAAAUCAUGGCGAUUUCAUGACUGAAGUCGAAAAGUGCAGUUUAUACUAUGUAUACUUGGGACUUGCAGUCCUGCUAGUGGCUUUCAUGGAGGGUUAUUGUUGGAGCAAAACCAGUGAGAGACAGGUGCUGAAGAUUCGUUACAAGUAUUUGGAAGCUAUUCUUAGACAAGAAGUUGGCUUCUUUGAUUCACAGGAGGCAACCACUUCAGAAAUUAUCAAUAGCAUAUCAAAAGAUACUUCGCUUAUUCAAGAAGUUCUAAGUGAAAAGGUACCCUUAUUUUUGAUGAACUCAUCUGUAUUCAUGUCAGGGCUUGCAUUCUCCACUUAUUUUUCAUGGAGACUGUCUUUAGUAGCCUUCCCAACACUGCUUCUCCUCAUAAUUCCCGGAAUGAUUUAUGGGAAGUAUCUUCUAUAUUUAUCCAAGAAAGCUUAUAAAGAAUAUGGGAAAGCAAACACCAUUGUGGAGCAAGCUUUAAGCUCCAUCAAGACUGUCUAUUCCUUUACUGCUGAACGUAGAAUUAUCGAGAGAUAUUCAGCUGUAUUGGAUGGAAUAACAAAGCUAGGAAUCAAGCAAGGCAUAGCAAAAGGUCUAGCCAUAGGGAGCACAGGAAUUUCUUUUGCCAUAUGGUCUUUCCUUGCUUGGUACGGAAGUCGUUUGGUUAUGUACAAGGGAGAGAGUGGAGGAAGGGUAUAUGCUGCUGGCAUCUCCUUUGUAUUGGGUGGACUGUCACUUGGAAUGGCACUUCCAGAUGUCAAGUACUUCACAGAAGCAACUGUUGCUGCUACUAGAAUAUUUCAGAGGAUUGACCGGACUCCAGAAAUUGAUGGUGAAGACACAAGUGGAAUUGUAUUAGACAGGAUCCGUGGCGAAAUAGAAUUUGAGCAUGUCAAAUUCACAUACCCUUCUCGUCCUGAUUCCAUUGUUCUCAAAGACUUUAGCCUCAAAAUUGAAGCAGGAAAAACUGUUGCUCUUGUGGGUGCCAGUGGAAGUGGAAAAUCCACUGCAAUUGCAUUAGUUCAACGUUUCUAUGAUGCCAAUGAUGGAGUUGUGAAGAUUGAUGGUCAUGAUAUAAAAACACUCCAAUUGAAAUGGAUGAGAGGACAAAUGGGACUUGUCAGUCAAGAACAUGCAUUGUUUGGGACAUCAAUAAAGGAAAACAUAAUGUUUGGAAAGUUAGAUGCAACAGUGGAGGAAGUCACCACAGCAGCCAUGGCUGCAAAUGCCCACAACUUCAUAAGGCAGCUUCCUGAAGGGUAUGAUACAAAGGUUGGGGAAAGAGGAGCACUUUUAUCAGGAGGACAAAAGCAAAGAAUUGCUAUUGCUAGAGCCAUCAUCAAGAACCCAGUGAUUCUCCUACUUGAUGAAGCAACAAGUGCUCUUGACUCUGAAUCAGAAACCCUAGUGCAAAAUGCAUUGGAUCAGGCUUCCAUGGGAAGAACCACUCUGGUUGUUGCCCACAAGCUUUCAACUGUUCGAAAUGCAGAUCUCAUUGCAGUGGUUGACAAUGGCUGCAUCAUGGAAGUAGGAUCUCACAAUGAUCUCAUAAAUAGAAAAAAUGGUCAUUAUGCAAAGCUUGCAAAGUUGCAGAGACAGUUUAGCACCGAUGACCAUGAAGGAAAUCUUGAAACUAGGAUAUCUUCUGUUGGAAGGGGCAGUGCUGGUAGGAUAAGCACAGGAAGAUCCACUCCUGCCAACUUUGUCACACCAUUACAUGAUAUUGAAAGCCCAAAACCAGUGUCUCACCCACCUCCUUCCUUCACCCGGCUUCUCUCCUUAAAUUCCCCUGAAUGGAAGCAAGGCUUGAUUGGCAGCUUCUCUGCAAUAGUUUUUGGUGCAGUCCAACCUCUCUAUGCCUUAACCAUCGGUGGGAUGAUUUCAGCUUUCUUUGCAAAAAGCCACGAGGAAAUGCAAGCUCGGAUACGUACUUACUCAUUGAUUUUCUGUUCACUUACUUUGUUUUCCCUCACUCUGAACCUUAUCCAACAUUACAAUUUUGCUUACAUGGGUGAGAGGCUAACCAAGAGGGUCCGACAGAAAAUGCUGCGGAACAUCUUGACUUUUGAAGUUGCCUGGUUUGAUGACGAGAAAAACUCAAGUGGAGCUUUAUGUUCCAGAUUGAGCAAUGAGGCUUCAAUGGUUAAAACCCUUGUCGCAGACAGACUAUCAUUGAUGGUUCAGACAACUUCUGCUGUCACCAUAGCCAUGAUCUUGGGUUUAGCCGUUGCUUGGAAGUUAGCAUUAGUCAUGAUAGCAGUCCAACCUUUGACUAUUCUCUGUUUCUACACUCGGAAAGUCCUGCUUUCUAGCAUCACUACUAAUUUUGUCAAGGCACAGAAUCAAAGUACCCAAAUUGCAGUUGAAGCAGUUUAUAAUCACAGAAUCGUGACUUCAUUUGGAAGUGUAGGAAAGGUUCUUCAAAUAUUCGAUGAGGCUCAAGAGGAACCAAGGAAAGAGGGAAGGAAAAGGUCAUGGCUUGCAGGAUUUGGGAUGGGAUCUGCUCUAUGCCUUUCUUUCAUGUCAUGGGCUCUGGAUUUCUGGUAUGGUGGUACCUUGGUUCAAAAGGGAGAGAUCUCCGCAGGAGAUGUGUUCAAAACAUACUACAUCUUGGUGAGCACCGGAAAGGUCAUAGCAGACGCAGGGAGCAUGACUUCUGAUCUUGCCAAGGGCUCAACAGCAGUUGCUUCUGUGUUUGAGAUCAUCGACCGACAAUCCUUAAUUCCUGGCUCAUCUCAAGCUAGAGACGGGACUAGUAAUGGAAGAAAGUUAGAGAAAAUAACAGGAAGAAUAGAGAUUAGGAAGGUAGAUUUCUCCUACCCAAGUCGGCCAGAUACCCUUGUGCUCCGGCAUUUCUCCCUGGAGGUGAAACCUGGGACGAGCAUUGGACUAGUCGGAAAAAGUGGGUGCGGGAAAUCCACUGUGAUCGGAUUAAUUCAAAGAUUCUAUGAUGUUGAGAGUGGAUCAAUUAGGGUAGACGGUGUUGACAUAAGGGAACUUGACAUUCAAUGGUACAGGAACCAUACGACCCUCGUUAGCCAAGAACCUGUGAUAUAUUCCGGUAGCAUCCGCGACAACAUUGUCUUUGGAAAGUUUGAUGCCUCUGAAAAUGAAGUGGUGGAGGCUGCUAGAGCUGCAAAUGCCCAUGAAUUUAUCUCUGCAUUGAAAGAUGGGUAUGAGACGGAAUGUGGGGAAAGGGGUGUACAAUUAUCAGGAGGGCAAAAGCAGAGGAUUGCAAUUGCCAGGGCCAUAAUUCGGAACCCGAUAAUAUUGUUGCUGGAUGAGGCGACAAGUGCUCUGGAUUUGCAGUCGGAGCAGCUUGUUCAGGAAGCGUUGGACUGGAUAAUGGUGGGAAGGACGACGGUUGUGGUGGCUCACCGGCUGAACACCAUAAAGAAACUGGACUCAAUAGCAUUUGUGGCAGACGGGAAGGUGGUAGAGCGCGGAACCUUCGCUCAGCUCAAGAACCGGCAAGGCGCAUUCUCCAAACUAGCUAGCCUGCAAACCACAUAAUUGAAUUAUUAAGGUUAAAACCCUUUUUUGGUCCCCGAACUAUUGUACGGACCUCCGAUUUAGUCCUUGAACUAAAAAAAUUCCUGACUUGGUCCCUACUGUUUACCCAUUUUACCCCAACUUGGUCCUUCCGUUAAAAAUAUAGUGACGUGUCCCGU